AUGAACCCAAUUAAAGAAAAUACUGCUUCACCUGAACAUUCAAUUGAACCUGUAACUACUCAUACUCGUAAUAAAAUAGUAUUACGAGCGAAUAGAUCUACUACACAUAAACCUCGUAAUUCUAGUGGUGGGGGUGGCGGUUCUAAUAGAACAUAUAAUAAGCGUGCUAGCAAGAAAAAUAAGCUUAUAAAGACAUCAAAAACGCGGAAUAAAAAUAAAGAAAUUAUUAGUACAUCAAAAGAAGUAAACGAAAGUCGAAUAAUUCCUGUUGAGGAACCUCCGAGAGAAGAGCUACCUUACGAUAGAUUUUUUCCUGAUUUAAAAUUAGAUGAAAAAUUAGUUGUGGUUUAUGUUUCUUCUAAAGAUCUUGUAGGGGAUCGAGUAGAGGAAAAGGAAGUUGAGACGACAAUAACGAAAGAAGAGAAUGGUGAAAUAGCAGCAAGAAAUGUAAAGAGUGCAGUACAAACUCAGGAAUACGGUGAUGUGAAUGAUCAUUCAAUUGCUAUCGAAAAUAAUAUGACAAUUUCUACCUCAACAACUGAACAGGCUCAAAUUGAAGAAAUUAGAACAACUAUUGUGCUUUUGAACAAUAAUCAUCAGGAAGAUAAAAUUCAAGAAGUGUUACCACCAACAAGCAAUAUACAUUCCAUUAAGGGUUCUGGAUGUUCUCAAGAUUCAUUUGCUUCAUUACCAAAGAAUUUUGAAGAAACAUCCACACCUAAAGAUUCUGAAGAGAUUUCGUCAUCAAAAGAUCUGAAUGAAGAAAUGAGUGAAGAAACUCCAAGUCCGAAAAUUUCAUCCCGAAAAUCGUCGAUAGAGAAAACUUUUCGUAAAGAUGCAAAAGAUGAUCAUGAUGAUGAUACCGCGAGUUUUAAGGCUUCAUCUCAUGAUGAUAUGGAUGAAGAAACUAUUGACGAGGAUGAACAGGAUGAAAUGCAGAUAGAGUUAGAGAAUAGCAUGAUGAAAUUACCGAGUAUUAAUUAUGACGUAACGGUAGAAAAUAAAUCACUUGAUAAGGAAAUGGAUUGGAUAUUUACAAACCCGAUAGUAGCAGCCGAUGAUCAUAACGUGGUAGAAAAUGGAGUAAAAAAAGAUCAAGUUAUUGUAGAAGGUCCUUCUACGGCUAUUAUUACAACCGUAGAAGAUAAUAUGCCAAUUGCACAACCGCCCCCGGUUAAAAAACUUCCGGUUCCUUCCUUUAAGCGAAUUAAUUUCACUAAAGAGGAACCCGAUGAAACAUUUGUUAGACCAGAAGGACAUUAUAUUCGUCAUGUUGAAUUAUCAGAAAAGGAUCUUGUGGAAAUUGUUGAGUAUGAUAUGGAUGAACAAGGCAUAUAUAAAUAUAUUUUUUGUUAUACUAUUAUGAUUAUAUACAAUUUAGAUGAUUAUUGGCUAAAAUCUUUGAAUGAAGAAAGAAGGAAGGAUGACUUGGGUGAAAUUUCCGCUGAUGUCUUUGAAGCUGUUAUUGAUAGACUGGAAAAAGAAUGGUUCGAUUUGACCAAAAAUUUACCAAAAGGUAAUACAGACAAAGAUAGUAUGACUCCAGAAGAUUCAACUUGUGCAAUUUGUGAUGAUGGAGAAUGUGAAAACAGCAAUGCAAUAGUAUUUUGUGAUGGGUGUAAUCUUGCUGUACAUCAAGAUUGCUAUGGAAUUCCUUAUAUUCCUGAAGGGCAAUGGCUAUGCCGUAAAUGUAUAGUUUCGCCAGAGACACCAGUGUCGUGUAUAUUUUGCCCAAAUGAAGGAGGUGCCUUCAAAAAAACUAAUACAAAUCGUUGGGCGCAUUUACUUUGUGCUUUAUGGAUUCCUGAAGUUGGAUUGUCGAAUACGGUAUAUAUGGAACCGAUCGAUAAUAUAGAGGGAAUUCCACGGGGACGUUGGAAAUUGAAAUGUUACAUUUGCGAAAAGAGAAUGGGCGCAUGUAUACAAUGUCAAAAUACUCAUUGCUGUACAGCCUUCCAUGUAACAUGCGCAAGAAAGGCGAAACUUUGUAUGAGAAUGAAAUUCCCUGACGAAAACCAUAAUCAUUAUAUUAUGAAAGCUUAUUGUGAUAAACACACGCCUCGAGAUUAUAGAGAACAAAUUGACGUUGCGAGUACAGUUGCUGCGGCGCAAAAACUAUUAAUGGAUCCCGUUCAAACAGGAAAGAGACGCCGACAUGACAUCGACUAUGGGACUGAUGAAUCCGACGAUUAUGUUCCAAGUGAUAGCGAAGAAGAAGAUAUGGAAGAUCAAUACAUUGAUAAAACAGAAAUAUCUCAUUCGCGUAAAACAAGGAAACGAAAACAAACGGAUGAUGUAACAAGUAACCGCAAAACGAAUAAAGCUCUACGUAGCAUUGAAAAUGGGCAAGUUGCUCAAUCUGUUGAGAAUAAGAAUUCUAAAGCUGCCCGUGCGUACAAUCAUACUUAUACCGAUACUGCGCCUGUAGCUCCUGCGGUUAUAAUGGAGAAGGUAUUACCAGUGUUAGCAAGACAAAAGGGCACAAUGCGAAAAAAACCGGAGCUUAUUACCAUCAUUUGUAAAUAUUGGUCUUUAAAGAGAGAAUUUCGACGCGGAGCUCCUUUAUUGAAGAGAUUACACCUUGAGCCAUGGACGGCCUCUGCUUCUGCCCACAAACAAUCCGAGGAAGAAAAAUGGGCCAAAUAUAUGGCAAUGACUGACCUUCGUAAAGAUCUGGAAAAAGUAAGAAUGUUAGUUGAUUUGGUACACAGGCGUGAAAAGGAAAAAUUAAAGAAAACAAGAUUACAAGUGAAAUAUCUGGAGACGAUUCUUUUCCCUCUUGAUUAUAUUCUUCGUCCUGCAUUAGAAGAAAUUGUGGCAUUGGAUAAAAAUGAAAUAUUUGCAAAACCAGUGUCAAUUGAAGAAGUACCUGAUUAUUUAAUACACAUUAUGCAUCCAAUGGACUUUGGGACAAUGCGCAAAAAGAUUGAUGCACAUGAAUAUAGUCUGGGUAGUGGAUUGCAAGGAUUCAAGGAUGAUCUUGAGCUUGUAUUUCGUAAUGCCAUGACAUACAAUACUUCUGACACGAUUUAUUAUCGAGUUGCUAAAAAAUUACAGAUUCAAUCACAAUCCAUUGUUGCUAAUGCUGAGCAAGAUUAUUCUGGCUUAAAUAUAGAUCCUAAAAAAGGUGUUUUGGACGUUCCGUUGCAUCCAGAAAUAUUCACUUAUAAUUCAGAUCCGUUAAAAUUUCCGGAACCUAAAAAGAAGAUUGUACCAAAGAGGAACAAAAAGACGCGUGGGAGAUCAGCACGUGGUAAUGCAACAGAGAAUGGCGAAGGACUUUCACGCGUAUUACGUAGCCGUACUUCAAGAUUAGCUACAACCUCAAAAAAACCAGAACAAGAAACAAAAGUUGAAGAAACUAAAGUAAAGGAAACUAUUGAUGGCAGGAAAUUGCCAAAAGGAUGGAUUUAUUUAACAGAUGAAGAUGAUGAGGAGGAGGGGAAUGAAGAGUCAAUUCCACUUAUAAAUGGGAUUGAAUAUCAAGUUCCUGUCGUUGAUAACGAUAAUGUGAUUGCUACGCGAACAAGGUCUCGUAAAAGCAGCGUAUCAGAAAUGAUAAUAAAGACUGAAGAUGAUGAAACUGAAAUGUCAGUCGAACCUUUAGAGGUAGUUAGACGUAGUCGAUCUAACAGUCAAAAUAUGAGUGAGGCUGCAUUGGUUACUACUCCAAAUUCAGAAAUCACUGUACAAACUCGUAGCCGAAAAGGAUCUAUUGAUUCAUCAACUGCAGAAAUUACGAACGUUCCCUUCGGUAGCUUGGUUUGGGCAAAGAUGCAGGGAUUUCCUUGGUAUCCUGCUGAGGUUGCAGAUCCUGAAAAAGCGAAUAUUACAUCAGUAAUCCGGGCAGACAAAAAAGAGGGUGAUACAUACUUGGUCCAUUUCUUUGACGAGAGAAAACUCGGAAAGAAGAGUUAUAAUCGUAGUUGGAAAUGGGUUCCAGCAAACAAAAUAAUUCUUAUGGGAGAUGAAAAGACAGAUUUGGCAAAGUUAAAAGACAGAGGAAUGAAAAAUAAGAUGAAACGAGAAAUUCCGAAUGCAUAUGAAGCUGCUUGUAAAUCAAAAGGACGUGAACCAGUCCUAUUAGAUCAAUUUACUAAAUCAAUAACGGUUCCAUUAAGAAGAAACAGUCGUAAUAAAUAG